GUCACACUGAGCCGAAAGAUUGUUGACGUGUUGCUGCUGCGUGUCACUCAGCAUUUUCAUAUUUCACCCCCACAGGCCGGAUUUUGCAUUUUAACGGGGAACGGGACUAGAACAGGAGCAUGGCUGAGGAAGUGAUUGGAACUGUGAAGGAGACCAUCAAGGGCAUCUUUGAGAAUGUUAGCGCGCCCAAGAACGAGUCGGCGCCGGUGGAGAAGAAGCCAUCCACUCCGGAGGGCAUGGCGGUUGCCUACGGCAGCCUUGUGGUGAUGGCCAUGUUGCCGAUUAUCUUCGGUUCCAUACGGUCCGUCAAGCUGCACAAACUGAAGAAGUCGACGGGCGAAAAGGCCGACACGAUGACCAAAAAAGAUGCCAUGUACUUCCCGCUGAUAGCCUCGGCGGCACUGUUCGGCCUGUACCUGUUCUUCAAGGUCUUCCAGAAGGUGCACAUCAACUACCUGCUCACCGGUUACUUCUUCGUUCUGGGCGUGAUUGCGCUGGCGCACUUGCUUAGUCCGGUGAUGAACUCCCUGAUGCCGGCAGCCGUGCCCAAGGUACCCUUCCACAUCCUCUUUACCAAGGGCGAGGGUAAACACAAGGAGGACAUCAUCAACUAUCGAUUCUCCACCCACGACAUCGUCUGCCUAGUGAUCUCUUCCGUCAUUGGUGUCUGGUACCUGCUGAAGAAGCACUGGAUUGCCAACAACCUGUUUGGCUUGGCCUUUGCCAUUAAUGGUGUGGAGAUGCUGCAUUUGAACAACUUUGUUACCGGCGUGAUCCUGCUCAGCGGACUGUUCUUCUACGACAUCUUCUGGGUGUUCGGAACUAAUGUGAUGGUCACCGUGGCCAAGAGCUUCGAGGCGCCCAUCAAGCUAGUUUUUCCCCAGGAUCUGAUCGAGCAUGGCCUGAACGCAUCUAACUUCGCCAUGCUGGGAUUGGGAGACAUCGUCAUCCCAGGCAUCUUCAUCGCCCUCCUCCUCCGUUUCGAUGACAGCAAGAAGCGAAAGACAAGGAUCUACUUCUACUCCACGCUGACUGCCUAUUUCUUGGGUCUGCUGGCCACCAUCUUUGUGAUGCACGUCUUCAAGCAUGCCCAACCGGCGCUACUCUACCUGGUGCCCGCCUGCAUGGGUACUCCCCUGCUGGUGGCCCUCAUCCGCGGCGAGCUGAAGGUGCUUUUUGCCUACGAAGAUCAUCCCGAGGAGAAACCGGAAAAGGAGAAGAAGAAGGAAAAGGAAGAGGGUACCACCUCGUCCAGCAGCAAAAAGAAGGAAUCCAAGAAGGCCAAGUAGGGCUAGGCGUUGGGACUUUACCGAACAACAUCUCCAUUCUUUCCAUCCAUCCUGUCUUCUCCAGCUAGCCAAGAAUCCUUUUUGUUAUCACUUCUACACAUCUUCCUGUCCCACAUCCUUCGUACAAUCCGUACGCCAUACACUGCUAUAAAAGACGAAUCGCUUUUUUGAGUUAUUUACGUUCCUUGGCCAGGCACAACAAAAACCUUAUUUAGUUAUUCGAUUAGGAUACAACUGUAGAAAAUUAAUUUGUCAACUUUUUUACACGAUUUAAAAAAAAAUUAAUUGCUUAGACACCUAUUAAUUUAUGUAACUCCCAUGCAUGGGAGGAGUACAUUUAAGAAUGAUGUUUAAAUACAAAUAUAUUCCAAUUUUUGAGACUCAA